GUAGUGGAAUCAAUCAUGGCCUCCUUGUAAAAUAGUUGAAAAGAAAAAAAAAAACUCAACCAUGAUUCCAAUUUCCCACACACAAAAAGCACGCCCACUAUAUCUCACUCCUCUCCAAGCAUCACUUCUCAUGCCAGAGGAUUACUUUCAUUCCCCACACGGCCAACAUUCUAAAUUCUCAUACCCUCCCUAAAAUUUAUUCAUUGAACCUCUGUUUUGGGUGUGUCCUUGCUCUGUUUUCCAAAUGAACAACAUGAGGCAGAGGCAGAGCACUGUUGGUGUUGGUGAAAAUGAGAAUGCACCCACCUCCGUCUACCACCUCAUCCCUACCCUCAAGCUCUUAGAUUUUGCCCUUAGGCUCUGUGCAGUCCCUCUCAGCGUUGCAUCCAUUUGGGUCACUGUGACCAACCAGCAGGACAACAGCAGCUAUGGCAAACUUCAAUUCUCCACUCUUGGGGGACUCAAGUACAUGGUUUGCAUCAAUGCCCUUUCUGCUGCUUAUGCUCUUUUUGCUGCUCUGUCCUCAUGGUUCAGAUGCCUUUUAACUAAAGCAUGGGUUUUCUUUGUCUCUGAUCAGGUUGUGGCUUACUUAAUGGUGACAUCAGGGGCUGCAGUGUUAGAGAUUCUGUACUUGGCUUACAAUGGUGAUAGGGAGGCCUCAUGGAGUGAAGCCUGCAAUUCUUAUGGAAGGUUCUGUGUAAGAGUGAAGUUGGGUUUGGCUCUCCAUGCCUCGUCUCUCUGCUGCUUCCUGCUUGUAUCUGUGAUCUCUGCUUAUAGGACUUUCAGCACAUACCCCCCUCCCUCCAUUCCUUCUGAAGUGUUGGAAGACCAAAGGAACUAGACGCUUCUCUCUUUUCUCCUGCUUGCGACUUGCGAGCUGCAUUUGGGAGAAUCCAUUUUUAGUCUUGGAUUUAGAUUUGAGUAAAUUUAGAGUAUUAUAUUUUGUCCAAAUUCACUUAAAUCUAAAAUUAGUGUUUCUACGUGAGGGAGGGAUUUAUGUGACUAUAUUGUAAUAAGAUGAAAAAUGCUUUGGUGUUAAAUGAAUAAUACAUGCUUUAUUUUAUGCUGCUCAGAUUGAUUAA